CUUUUUUUUUUCUUUUAUAGCAAAAUAUCCAGAGAUAAAGUCUUUGAUGAAACCUGAUCCCAACUUGAUAUGGAUUGUAAUUAUGAUGGUUCUCACCCAGUUGGUUGCAUUUUACUUAGUAAAAGACUUGGACUGGAAAUGGGUCAUAUUUUGGGCCUAUACCUUUGGCAGCUGCAUUAAUCACUCCAUGACUCUGGCUAUUCACGAGAUUUCCCACAAUAGUGCCUUUGGCAACUACAGAGCCAUGUGGAAUCGCUGGUUCGGAAUGUUUGCUAAUCUUCCUAUUGGGAUUCCAUAUUCAAUUUCCUUUAAGAGGUAUCACAUGGAUCAUCAUCGAUACCUCGGAGCUGAUGGCAUCGAUGUGGAUAUUCCUACCAGCUUUGAGGGCUGGUUCUUCUGUACUGCGUUCAGAAAAUUGAUUUGGGUUAUUCUCCAGCCUUUGUUUUAUGCAUUUCGGCCUCUGUUUAUCAACCCCAAACCAGUUUCUUACCUGGAAAUGAUCAAUACCAUGACUCAGAUCGUUUUUGACAUUAUAAUUUACUACUUUUUGGGAAUUAAAUCUUUAGUCUACAUGUUGACAGCAUCCUUACUUGGUCUGGGUUUUCACCCAAUUUCUGGACAUUUUAUAGCUGAACAUUACAUGUUCUUAAAGGGACAUGAAACUUACUCAUAUUAUGGGCCUCUGAAUUUACUUACCUUCAACGUAGGUUACCACAAUGAACAUCAUGACUUCCCCAACAUUCCUGGAAAAAAUCUUCCACUGGUGAGGAAAAUAGCAGCUGAAUACUAUGACAACCUUCCCCACUACAAUUCCUGGAUAAGAGUACUGUACGAUUUUGUGAUGGAUGAUACAAUAAGUCCCUACUCAAGAGUGAAGAGGCCUCCAAAAGGGGUGGAAAUUCUGGAUUAAAUAUCAUCACAGCCAGCGGAACUUUACCCUGAAACUUUAAAGUAACUGAUAAAGUGUAAUUUUUACAUUAUUAAGCUUAAGACCAGUAAUGCUCUGUAAGGUACCCUCGUACCAUUUCAGAGGAGGAUCUCCAUGGUAUCAAGAAGCUAAUCUGG